UGUAGGCCAAAAUUUUAAAGUGAUUAAACAACAACAACGACAACCGCAAAUGAAGGCGAACCAUUGCUGACUUAUUAGAAGAAGAACACCAUCAACACCAAAAAUUCCAACAAAAAAAAACAAAAAACAACGCAAAAUUCUUAAGUAACUUUGCACCGUUUUGUUUUUGUUUAUUUUUUUUUUUUUAGUUUUUUUUGUUUUACCUUUUUGUUGAGGAAACAUUUCAAAAAAUUCUCCGUUUAAGUGCAAGAAACGUGCUCUGCCUACGCCAAAAGUGGAUUUAACACAAUCGAAAGAAAUUUUUUGUAUAUAUUUUGGAUUUAAAUACGGCCGUAAACAUUCCAAAAUCCGUGGGUACCAAAUUGCAACGUCUCAAGGCCAAAGCGGCUGCGAGUCAACAAUAUCGAAAGUCCGGUUCGGGCGGCACCAGCAGCAACAACAACAACAGCUACAACAACAACAACAGCAACAACCACAAUUACAGCAGCAGCCACAACGGAGGAGGCGUCGGCGGAGGCGGAGGAGGGGAUAUAAAUUUUGGCACACAAAGCGGUUACCAAUAUCAACGCGGUGGCGCUGCCGAAGAGCGUCGCAACUUUGCUGCAACGUCGUCGGCGUUGGCAGCGGCAGCGGCAGCGGGAACGUUGGCAGUGGGAGACGAAAUCGUUGAGAAGUCGUCGUCAUAUCAUUACAACAACAACAACAACAACAACCACCAACACCACAACCACAUUAACAUUAACAACAACAAUUAUCAAAAGUCAAACAUUACCAGUGCCAAUUACAAUCAUAAUCAACAACAACCACAACAACAACAACAACAAACCCUGCCUUACCACAAUAGUAACUCCAACAACAACUCCAACUCCAACACGAUGAUGAUGACCAAACAAAAGAAUACGCUGGCCGAUCGCCUCAACAUCGGCGGGGAAGUGCGCGAGCUGAGAUUAGGCGCAACAUUUAAUCCAAAAAACUCAUCAACCGCAUUUCACACAAUCAAAUAUGACUUUAAGCCAGCCAGUGUGGAUCCAAACCGUAUGGCAGCUGUGGAUGUUGGCUCAAAUAAUCAAGUUACUGUUACCGUGCCAAAUUUAGAAAAUUCCGGUGUGCCUCAUACAGUUUAUAAGGGAAAUCAGAGAAAAUAUGCAAAAGAGUGUUUAAUGAUUUAUGACAAGGAAACGGGUGCUAUCACAUUAGAAAAGCUAAAUCAUAAUAUACAAGUGAAGAAGACAAGAAGCGAAAUGACACACCACAAACCAAGCUUUCUGCCCGCUACAAAUAUCAAUCAUAAUAACAUACCAAUGUCUACCAAUGGUUCUGGACCUGGCCCAGGACCUGGACCAGGAUCAGGACCAUCACCGCCAUUAUCGGGAUCGGCAAGUGGUUCGGGACAAAAACUAGAGAAUAGCACCAUGCGCAUUAGUUCCAAAACGAAAGUAUCAACGGGCAGCCGAAGGAAUAAUAUAAUUGAUUUUAAGCCACGAAAUUCACCCAUGCAGCAGAGCUCACCAUCACGUCCAGUUGCUUCGCAUCGUAGUCCACAAUCGGCGCCGGCCUGGAAUGCCAACAAUGCCCAACAAACGUUACCUAGCAUACCCAUGAUAAUGGAUGAUGAUGACUUUGGUCUUGGUGCCGCCUUGCACAAUGGAACUGGUGGUGGCCAGGCGAAUAUCUCUGGCUCAUCGACUGGCUCCUCAACGGGUCAACCAGACUAUGGUGGUGGCGGUUCCUCAUCUUCUUCCACAAUGCAUAGACAACGACAAGUGCCUCAACAUGGUCAGCAUGGCAAGCGACAGCAAAUGCAUCAAAAUCAUCAGCAGCAUCCGAGUCCACCUAUGCAUCAACAACAGCAGCAACAACAGCAGCAGCAGCAUUAUGGUCGUGGCAUUAACAAUGGAGGAGGCAGCAAUAACUACGCACAACAACAACAGCCGCAGCAGCACCAUCAACAACAGGAACAACAACGACCCUCCUCCUCAUCAACAUAUAGCCAUCAUAGCAAUAAUAUGCCCAUGGAUUUAGAUUUCCCAAGAGAAAAUGAUUUAACCUCACAAACGAUGGCCCAAGCGGGCGCUGCCAUAGAAGAGCAAAUUGGUGGUGUGUUAAGUGCUUCCAGUUCCAGCUCCGAAUCGGAUUCAAGCGAUAGUGAUAGUGGCAGUGAGUCCGAUGAUAGCACUGAUGAUGAAUCCCGUCCCAUGCAGCAGCAACAAUUGCCGAAUUUGGGUCUCGGUUCUAUAUCGCCUUCCUACAACAAUCACCAGCAGCUCCAGCAACAACCACCACAACAACAACAGCAGCAGCAACAACAACAACAAUAUAAUCAUCAUAUGCAGCAGCAACAUCAGCCACAACAACAACAUCAUCAUCAUCAUCAGCAGCAGCAGCAGCAACAGCAGCAAUCCGAUAUGUAUACCUCAAAUCGUGGCUUUCCCAAUGAUUUGCUACAAAAUGAUCUGCAAUUGUCCUCGAAUUCGUCCGAUGAUGAUGAUGAUUAGGCGCUGCUUGCUGUGUCCUGCCGCGCGCUGCUUAUUUGUGCAUCUCUCUUCUCUUUUUAAAUAUAUAUAUAAAUAUUUCAAUUA